UGCUGAUGAGGAAGAAGAGGAAGAAGAAUAUGAUGAGGUUCUGGAGGGAGAAGUAGUGGAACAAGUCAAUUUUGGUGAAGGGGAGGAAGGGUUGGUGGGUGGGGAGCCUCACCCUGCUGGAGAAGAUGAUGAUGUAUUUUUGAGUAAAUUUUUAAAUUUUUAUUUUAAUAAGGUGGAUGUUGGUGGGCCUAUGGAUAUGAUUGGGCCUCAUCCCGAGCCUCCUCCUGCCGUAAUUGACGAGGCGGAGGGGGCACCCAUUCCUCUCGCCGUUCUUGGCGAGGCGCAGGGGAAUGGGGGGGAUGAGGAGCCCCACCCUGAUGGAGAAGAUGAAGAAGAUGAUGAAGUAUUUUUGAGUAAAUUUUUAAAUUUUUUAUUUUAA